AUGUCCCUCUCCCUGGUUUCGAAUGCACAUCUAGACGAUAUUUCCGCAAAGAUAAAGUCAAAGCCUGUUCCAUGGGAGGGAUAUCAACGUGCCGAACUGGUGACCUCAGAGGAGCUGGCUCUCAUCAAGAAGGUGGACAGACAGCCCAGGGCAAAGGUUGAGUCUAUCCAUCUGUCAGAUGGCCAAACAUAUGCCCUAUUAUACCUUCGGCUUCUCAAGAAGCUGCAAAGGGUUGAUACCAUGCAAUGCCUCCUGGUCUUAAUUGCUGAUGCACUCCUAGAUCAUGACGAGCGUAUACCGCUCUUCGCGAGAGCCGCUCAAUCUGAUCCCGACCUCCCUUAUGCCCCUCUCCUCAGGACCCUGGAAGCUCAAGAUGACUUCGUACAACUCAAAUCUGCCCAAAUACUGACCGUGCUGCUGAGCUCGGAAUCAACUCCUCUUCAGCACCAGCACCUCCAGCCAUUCCUCAAGGUCCUUUCAUCGCUCGUGCAGAGCCAGUCACAAAACAAACGUGACGUUGCGGUUCAGUGCUUAGAGUCUCUUCUCGCUCGUCCAGAAUGCCGUAGGGCAGUAUGGGAAAUCCCUGGAAUAUUAGCAGGGUUCGUCGAAAUCCUUCGCCAUAAGCCUGGCCCUCAGAUGAGCUACCAAGUGAUAUUCUGCAUCUGGUUACUUUCAUUCGAGCAAGAUGUCGCCGAACAGAUUAACAAGAAAUACGACAUCAUACCCCUGUUGAUCACAGUGGCACAGGCUGCCGUGAAAGAGAAAGUCAUUCGUGUUAUUAUUGCCACUUUCAGUAAUUUGAUUACGAAGGCGCCUUCCGACAAUCUUCCGGCUAUGCUUGUCGCGCAGCUUCUUCCAUUCUCCAAGAACCUUUCAACCCGCAAAUGGUCUGACGAGGACAUUUUGGAGGACGUACAGUACGUCAGAGAUGAGCUAGAACGCAACUUUGAAAGCUUGACGACGUAUGAUGAAUAUAUGUCUGAGCUGGCAUCUGGCCAUCUGUCGUGGACACCAGUACACGAGUCGGAUGCUUUCUGGCGGGAAAAUGCAUCGAGAUUGAACGAUAGAGACUAUGAGCAAUUGAAGACCCUCAUCGGACUACUAGGCUCCGACGACCCCGUAGUCCUGGCGGUUGCAGUUCACGAUCUUGGACAGUAUGUUAAGCAUUAUGAACGAGGAAAGAGAAUAAUUACAGAUUUGGGAGGCAAAGCCCGCGCAAUGGAGCUCAUGACCCAUCCAGACCCAGAUGUGCGCUAUCACGCCUUGUUAUCAGUGCAGGAGCUCGUCAGCCACCCUUGGUCAGCGGUGUAG